AUGUCCUGGAAUGUUAGAGGUGCGGCUAGUUGUGCCUUUAGACGCACCUUAAAAGAAUUCUUAAGACAAUACAAUCCUGACAUUGUGAUCCUAUUGGAAACAAAAGUUAGUGGUAAUAAUGCUAGAAGAAUUAUCCAAGGCGCUGGUUUCAACAAUUUCAUUAUUGAGGAAGCUCAAGGUUUUAUAGGAGGAAUUUGGAUAUGCUGGAAGGACAACAGUAUCUCUAUUACAACAUUAGAAUCUAAUAAGCAAUUCAUACAUACAAGAGUGCAGCGUCACAACCAAGAUCCCUGGUGCCUAACAGCGGUUUAUGCGAGUCCACAACCAAACAAUAGAAGAGUGAUUUGGCAGAGUAUUGAAAGAAUUGCAAGAAACAUAGGAGAACCCUGGCUGUUAAUAGGAGAUUUUAACGAGAUAAAAGAUGGCACUGAGAAAAAAGGUGGCAGACCUAUUAAUCUUAGAAUGUGCAGAAACUUUGCUAAUUGGAUCGAUAGAUGCGGAUUAGUAGAUCUAGGAUUUAUAGGAACUAGGUUUACCUGGAGAGGGCCGCAAUGGGAAGGAUACGACAGAGUUUUCAAAAGAUUGGAUAGGGCUCUAUCUAAUCCCUUGUGGAGAACCAAAUUCCAAGAAGCGGUUGUUAAAGUCCUGCCUAGAACCAAUUCUGACCACCAUCCUCUUUUGUUAAUGGAAAAUGAAGGAACAGAUUGCAGAAAUGGCAGACCUUUCAGAUUCGAAGCUAUGUGGUCAAUGCACCCGGAUUUCAGGCCGUUUUUGGAAAAACAUUGGAAAGAGGACAGCAUGUUCAUUCAAAACCUCAACAGUCUCAGGAAAGAUCUAAGUAAAUGGAACAAAGAGGUAUUCGGAAAUAUCUUCAAAACAAAGAGAAGACUUUUAAACAGAAUUAAUGGCAUCCAAAAAAGCAUUAGCUACGGGAAAAACCCCUUUUUUGGAUAA